AUGGGCGAAAUAAAUAAGAAUCAAAAAGAGUGGCAGAAUUGCAAAGGUUUACGCGAGCCGAUAAAGUCUUUACAAGAUAAAUGGAGAUUAGUUCCAUCAUUUCUUCAAGUAAAAGGCUUGGUGAAACAACACAUAGACUCGUUCAACUAUUUCAUAAAUGUAGAAAUAAAAAAAAUUGUUCAAGCAAAUGAAAAAAUAUUUUGUGACUCUGAUCCUAUGUUUUAUUUAAAAUACCUAAAUGCUUAUGUUGGUACUCCUGAUCUUGAAGAAGGUUUUAAUGUUACUAAAGCUACAACACCACACGAGUGUCGACUGAGGGAUUUGACUUACUCGGCACCAAUUACUGUUGAUAUAGAGUAUAUAAGGGGAAACCAAAGGGUCAUCAAAAAUAAACAACUUAUUGGGAGAAUGCCUCUUAUGUUGCAAUCAUCAAACUGUGUAUUAACAAAUAAAUCAGACUAUGAAUUAUCACAACUUAACGAAUGUCCACAUGAUCCUGGUGGUUAUUUUAUAAUAAGAGGUCAAGAAAAGGUUAUAUUGAUUCAGGAACAAUUAUCAAGAAAUAGGAUGAUCGUGGACGAAUUUAAAGGUGCUAUUCAGUGCCAAGUAACUAGUUCUACUCAUGAGAAGAAAACAAGAACAAAUGUCAUUGUCAAGAAUGGAAAAUAUGUAUUACGACAUAAUGCUUUGUCUGAGGAUAUCCCAAUAACUGUCGCCUUUAAAGCUAUGGGUAUCUGCAGUGACCAGGAAAUAUUACAACUGAUUGGGACAGACGAGAACACUAUUAAGAAGAUGGCGCCUUGUAUAUUAGAUUGCCAUAAUUUAAAAAUAUUCACUCAGCAUCAAGCACUCUCAUAUAUUGGGCAGAAAUUUAAGGCUAAAAGAUAUCCUACAAAUGUGUCGAAAAUGAAAACUCCCGUGGACGAGGCUCGCGAACUUUUAGCUACAACUAUCUUAGCUCACGUCUCAGUGGAAAACUACAAUUUUUAUGUUAAAGCAAUUUACUUGGCUAUAAUGGUGAGGCGGGUCAUCGAGGCCGAGGCGAACACGGGUGCGAUCGACGACCCCGACUACUACGGCAACAAAAGAUUGGAAUUAGCUGGAUCUCUGUUGGCACUGAUGUUUGAGGAUUUAUUUAAAAGGUUCAACUGGGAAUUGAAAAACAUCGCCGAGAAGAUCAUACCUAAAGUUAAAGCAGCACCUUUCGACAUAGUGAAACACAUGCGACCCGACUUGAUAACGAACGGACUGUUUACAGCCAUUUCCUCUGGUAAUUGGACAAUUAAAAGAUUUAAAAUGGAGAGGCAUGGCGUGACUCAAGUACUGAGUCGCCUCAGUUACAUAUCGGCAUUGGGAAUGAUGACCAGAGUUAACUCUCAAUUUGAAAAGACUCGCAAAGUCUCGGGUCCGAGGUCUCUGCAGCCUUCGCAAUGGGGUAUGUUGUGUCCCUCGGACACGCCCGAAGGAGAGGGUUGCGGUUUAGUAAAAAACUUGGCUUUGAUGACGCAUAUAACAACUGAAUGGUCCGAAGAGCCUAUAUCCAGGUUAGCGUGCAACGCUGGAGUGGAAGACGUUAGACUUUUGGGUGGCGAAGAAAUAAACAACCCCUCCAACUACCUGGUAUUUUUAAAUGGCAAUAUUUUGGGUGUCACAAGGCAUUACAAGAAGCUCAUAAAGAUAUUCCGACUGUUUCGACGUCGCGGGAUCAUCUCGGCGUUCGUGUCCAUUUAUCCUAAUCAUAACCAACGGACGGUGUACAUUUGCAGCGAUGGCGGCAGACUGUGUCGGCCGUAUAUCAUAGUCGAGAGGGGCCUUCCCUUAGUCAAACAAAUUCACAUAAACGAACUAAAAAGAGGCCUCAAAAAGUUUGAAGAUUUCCUAAAAGAUGGGCUCAUUGAAUAUCUAGAUGUGAAUGAAGAAAACGACAGCCACAUAGCGACCGUAGAAGCAGAAGUAGAUCCUUAUGUGACGACACAUCUCGAAAUAGAACCUUUCACGAUCUUGGGAGUUUGCGCCGGGCUAGUGCCGUAUCCGCACCAUAACCAGAGUCCACGAAACACCUACCAGUGUGCUAUGGGAAAGCAAGCCAUGGGAACCAUAGGGUACAAUCAGAAGAAUCGGAUCGAUUCACUGAUGUACAAUUUAGUCUAUCCUCAGAGUCCGAUGGUCAAGACUAGAACUAUCGAGCUCACCAACUUCGACAAGUUGCCGGCCGGGCAGAACGCCACCGUCGCCGUGAUGAGCUACAGCGGCUACGAUAUAGAGGACGCGUUAAUUCUCAACAAGGCCUCGAUCGACCGCGGGUACGGCCGUUGCUUGGUUUACAAAAAUGCUAAAACCACAAUGAAAAGGUACAGCAACCAAACCUCAGACCGAAUCUUGGGGCCCUCGAGAGACGCCACCUCGGGGAAAAUCAUCAAAGCACACGACAUCCUGGACUCGGACGGAAUCGCGGCACCCGGCGAAAUGGUGGAAAACAGGCAAGUUCUCAUCAACAAACAAAUGCCUCCGGCGACUUUCAAUCCGCUGGGCCAGGGACAACCGCAGCAGGUCGACUACAAAGACGUCCCAAUCACGUACAAGGGGCCGGUGGAAUCACACAUAGAAAAAGUUAUGGUGUCUUCCAACUCCGAAGACGCUUUCCUAAUUAAAAUCUUACUGAGACAAACCAGGAUCCCCGAAAUAGGAGAUAAAUUUAGCUCGCGCCACGGCCAGAAAGGAGUGACGGGCCUAAUAGUGCAGCAAGAGGACAUGCCUUUCAACGACAGAGGAAUCUGUCCGGACAUGAUCAUGAACCCGCACGGAUUCCCCUCGCGCAUGACGGUCGGGAAGACUAUCGAGCUCCUGGCCGGAAAGGCCGGUCUGAUGGAGGGGAAAUUUCAUUACGGUACCGCGUUCGGUGGGUCCCGCGUGAAGGACGUCUGUCUAGAACUAGAAAAGCACGGAUACAAUUAUCACGGGAAAGAUAUAUUCUACUCGGGCUUAACCGGUGAACCGCUCGAAGCUUAUAUUUAUUCUGGGCCUGUUUACUACCAAAAGUUAAAACACAUGGUGCAGGACAAGAUGCACGCCAGAGCUCGCGGGCCGCGAGCCGUUCUCACGCGACAACCCACCGAGGGACGCUCGCGCGACGGGGGCCUGCGUCUGGGCGAGAUGGAAAGAGACUGCCUCAUCGGCUACGGAGCUAGUAUGCUACUCAUGGAGCGCUUGAUGUUCGCGUCGGACGCGUUCAGCACCGACAUCUGCGGCGCCUGCGGCAGACUGGCGAGCCGCGCCUGGUGCCACGCGUGCCGCUCCUCGGCCGCCGUAGCGGCCGUCGAGAUGCCCUACGCCUGCAAGCUUCUCUUCCAGGAACUGGCCUCUAUGAACAUCGUGCCCAGACUGACGCUCAAGAGAUACUGUUAA